CAAAAAGCGGAGUGACCUUCCUCCGCUCUCAGUCUGAGAGGGGCAGCACUGAAGCAAGAAGCCGGGCACAGCUCCUAUAGUCCCCCACUACAGCCUCAGAAAUGAACAGUAACUUAGUCGGAGAUGAAGUCGGGAAACUUUUUGUGGGUGGAUUGGACUGGAGUACAACACAAGAGACACUGAGAAACUACUUCUCACAGUAUGGGGAAGUAGUAGAUUGUGUCAUCAUGAAGGACAAAACUACAAAUCAGUCGCGAGGCUUCGGCUUUGUUAAGUUCAAAGACCCCAAUUGUGUACGGACAGUGCUGGAGACAAAGCCACACAAUCUUGAUGGAAGAAAUAUUGACCCGAAGCCAUGCACUCCCAGAGGAAUGCAGCCUGAAAAGUCUCGAACCAAGGAGGGCUGGAAGGGCAGCAAAGCCGAUAGCAAUAAAUCAAAGAAGAUUUUUGUAGGUGGAAUCCCUCAUAACUGCGGAGAACCUGAACUCAGGGACUAUUUCAAUAGAUUCGGAGUGGUCACAGAGGUGGUAAUGAUCUAUGAUGCGGAGAAGCAGAGGCCCCGAGGUUUUGGAUUUAUUACUUUCGAGGCCGAACAAUCAGUGGACCAGGCUGUCAACAUGCAUUUUCACGACAUCAUGGGCAAAAAAGUGGAAGUAAAGAAGGCUGAACCUCGUGACAGUAAAGCUCCUGGCCAGCUUGUCCCUGGCCAGUGGGCCCCCAGGGGCAUCUUGAGUGCAGCUAAUGGUUGGACAGCACAGCCGGCCCAUGGCUGGCAACAGCCUUAUGGGCCACAAGGAGUGUGGGUGUCUGCUACUGGCCAGCCCAUAGGCGGGUAUGGACCUCCGCUGUCAGCAGGCCGGGGAACCCCCGCACAGCCUCCGUCACCCUUUAAUGCAUUCCUGGUCACAACCCCGGCGGGCAGCUUCGCUGCACCUCAGGGAUACCCUCAGCAGGGCUACAGCACAGCACCUCAGUUCGGUUACAGUUUUGGCACACCACAAGCAGACCAGUACGCUCCACAAGUUCCCCCUCCACCCACCACUCCAGGGACUGCACCGCUGGGCUUUGCUCCCGCCACCACACCAACUCAGGACUUGAGCAAAGCUCCCACUGGGCAGCCUGAUUUCCCUUAUAGCCAAUAUGGCUUGGGUAACUACCCUCAGGACCCUUCUGCCUACGGACCAACGCGUCCUUCUCACAGUUAUGGUCAGGAUGAGCAGGGAGGAUAUAGUUCAGCUAAAGGGGUGAGAAAGGAAAGAAGAUUUAAAGGAGGCCACAACACCAGGUAUGGUCAGGACCUGACGGCCUUCGGUCACAGCUUUGCAGACCCCAGUCAGCCGACUGCCACGUACGGGGCCCCUACAGCACAGCCCGCCACUGCUCCCCAACCCACCGCAAGCGCGUUUGGCAGAGGGCAAAACCACAACGUACAGGGCUUCCACCCAUAUCGACGCUGACCACCACCCCAGGAUGGGGCCUUUGUGUAAAAUUGAGAAACAAAAACAAAAAGAAGUCGUCAGGGAAAUGUGUGUUCUGAAAUAAUGUCCUUGAAAGCAAAACUGGAAUUCUGGAUCAUUGGUUAGGAAUGUGUAAUGCACAGUUUGUGAAAUGGAAACCUUUUGUGAAAGCAGGGAUUCCAGUAAAUUUAAAAGGUAUGUGUAAAGAAAUCCACAUUAUUUUUUCUUUGCAUAACUUGAGGAUCAUUCAGCAGAAAGAAGCUUUUAUCCCCCCUCCACCCAAACAAUGUUUUAUAGUAGAACUAAAGUACUUUGCAAUAAUUUUGAUUGUCUGUUCAAACACUAGCACAGAGACUAUAUGUAAAGAGACUUGGAUUUGAAUAUGUAUAUUUAUGGUGGACACAAAUGAAAACAGGGUCUCAAGUUUCUUCAGCUUUAAAUUCUAGGGAAAAAAUGUUUUUAUUUUUCAUUUGGUGAAUUUUUGUUUACUUUCUGAGCCUUUAAAGUUUGUUUAAAAUGGAGAUUCUGAAUAUAUAUAUAUAUAUAUAUUAUACACAAACUGUGCAAUUUUUUAAAAAGAGAAUUUUGUACUAUAAAUGUACACUUUGCUUGUUUUUUUAUUUAAAGAUGUAGACUUCCCUCAGGUGGCUGUUUUGAGUGCAUUUUUUGCACUUAUGCAAAAAGAAAAAAGGACAAAUUAUUACAAAAUAAAUGUUUUAAGGAUAUGGUGGUCUUGAGUGUAUUUGCCUAUGGUCUUGAGUGCAUUUGCUUCUGCUUUUUGUUGGUUGCACUGCACAGUGCUGAAACCAUUUGUUCAGGAAUGUUCAGGGAAUUAAAUGUAUUUGGCAGCUAACUUACUAAUGAAUUUGCUUUAAUUCUUUCAUGCAAGAAUCCUAGUUUCAACAUUUGGUAGCGGUUUAGAACUAAAGAUUUUUUUGUCUUUUAGAAAUAUUCUGAUUUGGACCUGUUUUGUCAUAGAAAGGUUAUGACAUCUUGGGCCCCUGAGCACAGACAUGUAGAAGAUUCAAAACCACAAACUAUUUAAAUGCUCUUGUGAUUUUGUACCUCCAGCUGCUAAUCUUAACCCUGCAGACACAUUCUUUUUCACGCAAUGGUAAAUUAAUUUGACCAGUUAAGGCAUUGUGUGUGUAGGUUUUUCUUUCUUUUCUCAUUUUUUUGUGAAUGGAGGGUGAUGGCAGGAGUUUUGUAUAUGUUUCUGUGCAUGUCUGGCCAUACAUAAAUUACUUUGUCCUUUUUACAUUAA